CCAUCGGCAAGGUAGGCUAAGCGCCUCGACGAUGCGCAGAUUCGAUGACGUUUCGCGGAACCUUCGAGACGCUGAUGCGGUUUCCACUCUCCAUAUAUCCGGUGCGCGUAGUGAGGCAAGAUGAGGGGAGUUGACAGUUUGGUAACUGACAACCAGAGGCGACUCCACGACUGUAAUCCACGAUGAGUGAAUACAAGAUACCGAUAAUCGAGCCGACGAUAGACUACGCAAAGGUACCGCCAAUCAACCAAAAACGAACCGUCUCUUUCAUAAAUCACUUUAUUACCCAUACCGUUACGUUUUUGAAUAAAUUUGCCCUGUGCUGCGAGGAGAGACUGUACGAGUUUGAAAAUAAGUUGCAAAAGUUAGAAGCGUCCUUAGAGAUACUAGAAUCGCGGUUAUCUUCUAUACCUGGUUUAGAGCAAGAACAUUGUAAAGAAUCAGAUAAUGUUAAUGAGAAUGAUACGAGUAAAUUGGAGCAAGUACAAGUACGCAAAGUGGACGAGGUGGAUAACAGUGAAAUAGAGCCUAAAGAGGAAAAGCCGGAAGUACAAACCGCAGCUAAAGAUCCUCGCUAUGAAAAAUACUUGAAAAUGUUACACUUUGGUGUACCAAAACAAGCAGUUAAAUUAAAGAUGGAGCAGGAAGGACUGGAUGCGUCUAUAUUGGACAAUCCACAACAGAUAGUUUCUAUACCACGGUCGUCAGAUAACGGUGAGAAUCAAGGUGAAUAAAUAUUAAGGUGUUAACGCUGUUCGUUGUAGACAUGUUGGACAUUUUCACAUGAACACAAAUCAUCCAAAUAAAGAUGUAUACAAAUUCCUGUAGAUUUAUUUAUUUCUUAUCAAAUACAGAAUAAGCUGAAAACGUUGA